AUGUUGAACAAGAAAACCGCCUUCAAACCGAAGGCUGCAAUUCGUCGCCCGGCUGCAAAGCCGGGACCACAGCCUCCAUCGCGCCCUUCGACGACGGAGCCAUCGGCGAAUACCACACCGACGCCGCAGGAGCCGUCGUCGACCUCGCAAUCUCAACCUGCCCCGCACCCGGCCGCGAGCACGGUCGUCACAGAGGAUGAAGCCGCAAGCACGAAGGAUCGCUCACAGGAACAGGAGAAGCCGGGCGAUUCGGCUGCAGUUGUUUCUAGGCCACAGACAGGCGCAAGCUUGACCCCGCCGGUCAUAGAAACACGGGCAGAUGAGGAACAACCCGUUGCAGCGGUCGUUAAGGAGGCUCCAGGAAAGCAACCGGAUACACCCGAAGUCGGGGGGCAAAAAUCCCAAACCACUCUACCGAGCGAAGAGUCUAUCGCAUCAGACGCCCAAACUGUCGAUGCUCCUACAGAUGCCCCGCCACCAACCGCUCCACCAGCAGAAGAGCCUGCCAGUUCUACGACACAUACCUCAACCAACGACCAUCCAGCGCCUCAUGCCGAGGACCAACCAGUUCAAGCUCGGGCGGCACAACCUGGAAUUUCUAACGACGAGAACCAACAAUCGAACACGGGAACGGCAUCUGAAUCCGCACCAGACGCUCCCCAGGCAGCAAAACCAAAACGAGGCAGGAAACGAACAGCAGCCGCGGCUGACGACGGGGACGCUGCCCAGCAAAACUCCGCUGCUCCAUCAAAGAAAAGGCCACGAAGAAGAGCCGCUCCACUUCCGGGAGAGGAGGGGUACCAACCAAAGAGUACGCGGAGUCGAAAGCGCAGCGGGCCGGCAGCAGAGAACGGCGAGGCCGGGGACCGGGGUGACGAAAAUACCGAGCAAGGCCAAAAGAGACCUUCGAGGACACAACGCGAGGCGACACCGCCGGAUGCCGAGACUGUCGAAAUCGACAUUACCCAGGUCAAGAUGGCCGACCUAGCGAAAGACAUGCACAUUGGGAAGAAAUUCAGCUUGCACGACGAGCUGAUGGAACGUGAGCGCGCUAAGCGUCUCCGAUAUAACGAGCGGAGGAAACGGCAGCAAGCCGGUGAAGAUGGCGAAGAUGCGGGUGCCAACGACGAAACACCGAACACAUCAUCGAACUCCAACAACAACCCCAGCACCAGCACCAGCGCCCAACCGACACCCGUCGCCGCGGCCCAGACCGCCGACGGCGAAGAUGACAAAUCGGCCGAAACCCCCGCCGAGAACCGAGCCACCAUUGGUGAAACCUACCAGAUCAUCGACGGCGAAAUCGUCCUCGAUCACCGCUCCCUCCAAGUAGACCGCCACGCCCGCGCGCGGGAAGAAGCCGGCGAACUAGUCGAGGUCGAAGAAAACGACUUCACCCACCACACCACCUCAGCCACCUACCUCCGCCGCAGCCUCAAACCCCAACAAUGGACCGACGACGAAACCGACCUCUUCUACCAAGCCCUCCAAGCUUUCGGCACCGACUUCGACACCAUCUGCCGCAUGUUCAAGGGCAAGACCCGCAAGCACAUCAAGCUCAAGUUCAACCGCGAAGAGCGCGUCAACCCGGCCCGCAUCACCGCCGCCCUAGUCGGCCAAAAGACGGUCGCCAUCGACAUGGAGCAGUACCAGCGCGCCACUGGUCAGGAGUAUGAGCCGGCCCAGGCUAUUUAUGCCGAGCAGCGGAAGGCCGAAGAGGAGUUCCAGGCGCGACAGAAAGCCCUCGAGGACGAGAAGGCCGAGGAAGUCCGUCGCAAGAAGGAGGAGGUCUUGGCCCAGUUGAAUACUGCGGUUAAUGAGGAGGGGGUGAAGAAAGGUGGACGUAGAGGGCGCAAGAAGAAGGCUCCCGCUGCCGUGGGGUUGUGA